UCAAACCUGGAUAUUGACGAUGUUGUCAUCCCAGCUAAAAUGUCCGUUCCUGAUGAGUUUUGUCAGCAAUGCUACAAAUUUUUCCCAAUGAAUGAGCUCCGGCAGCACUUAGAUGUUUGUGUACCUUUUGAUGCACAACCAGGUGCAUCUGGUGACCAAGACAACAUUACUGGAAAAAAUGUUGUCGAGGAACCUCCCAAAGAACAGAUUGAUCAGGGUGACAAAGAAGUGAUUAGUGAAGAAAGUGAGGUUGCUGAACAAAAGGUGGAAGAUGUCGUGAUGGUUGAUGAAGACAGUCUGAUGAAUAGCACACACAACACAGAAGUGCCUGUAACGGAACAACCUAUUAAAAUAAUAAGGGUUCAUAGAUCGUUAGUCAGGCAAGAUAUGCUAGAUAUAUUUUCUGAUGAGUCGAUCUUAAAAUACACUUUAUCUGUCAUUAUUAUUAAUCAGCAAGGUAAUGAAGAAUCUGGGGCAGGGACUGGACCAUUACGGGAAAUAUUUUCACUUUUUUGGAAAGAUUGUUAUGAAUCUCAUAUGCUAGGUGAAAUUGAAAGAGUCCCAUAUAUCUGUCAUGACUUCAACAGAAACAAGUUUGAAGCAGUUGCUAGAAUCAUAGUUAAGGGAUAUAAAGAUUGUCAAUAUUUCCCUGUGAAGAUUAGUAAGUCCUUUUUAGUGGCUUGUCUUUUUGGAGAAGAGAGUGUGACUGAUGGGAUGUUGAUGAGUUCAUUUCAGAAUUAUGUAUCAAGGUCUGAGGCUGAUGUUAUAGGUAAAUGUUUAAGCCAGAGUAUUCAGCCCGAUGAUGAUGAGCUACUUGAAUUUCUUUCCACAUUUGACUGUAAGAGACAAGUCACAAAUGACAAUAUCAGAGAAUUGGUUACAGAGAUCGCUCACAAAGAGAUUAUCAUGAAACCGCAAUAUGCAGCAGAUUGCUGGAAGGAAAUAGUUUCUUCUUUGAAGAUUUAUUUCAUGGAUGUAUCUUCCUUUUUGGUGUUGUAUGAUUCUAUCAUGGAAAUGAAACUUAAUUUAGAGUUCUAUUUUUACUCGACUUCUCUGUAA